UCACCCGAUCAUCUCAACUUCAUCAAUUUAAUUCCAUUACUAUCGAUUACAUAUUAAAUUCAGUCAGUUACGGCACUUACUUCUAAGUCUAAACUUUAAAAUGUUGAGGAAUUUACAUCGAAUUAUCUUGAGUAAAGGAAAUUGUGUUCGGAAGAAUGUGCGACAAUGCAGUUCGGCGACAAAAACGUCGUUAUUCGACUUUCAUGUGCAGAAAGGUGGUAAAAUGGUGAAUUUUGGAGGGUUUAUGUUACCUGUACAAUAUGCAGAUCAAUCAAUUAGUAACUCACAUGUUUUUACAAGAGAAAACGCAUCGUUGUUUGAUGUUUCACAUAUGUUACAAACAGAAAUUCAAGGUAAAGCAAGUUGUGAAUUCAUGGAAACUCUCGUAACAGCCAGUGUAAAAAACCUCCCAAUUGGUUCAGCAACCCUAACAAUCUUCACCGAUGAAAAUGGCGGCAUUCUCGAUGAUCUAAUCAUCACAAAAGUAGCUGAUGAUCACUUGUUUGUCGUCUCGAACGCGGGAAGAAAAGAACACGACAUGGGACACAUGAAACAAGGCCAACUGGCAUUCGAGAAGAAAACAAGAGAAAAGAUUAAUAUACGAUUCUAUGAUCCUGCUGAACGAGCACUGUUAGCGUUGCAAGGACCUAAAGCAGCAGCGGCAUUACAGAAGUUGACAGAUGUUAACCUCAAAAGUUUGUAUUUCAUGGAAUCGGUUGUUGGACCGGUUGCAGGCAUCAAAGGAUGCAGGAUAUCAAGGUGUGGGUAUACAGGAGAAGAUGGUUUUGAGAUUUCCAUUCCUGCUAUCAAGAGUGCGUAUAUAGCUGAGGAAAUGUUGAGGAAUGAGGAGGUAAAGUUGGCUGGAUUGGGCGCAAGAGAUUCUUUAAGAUUAGAAGCAGGUUUAUGCCUCUACGGAAGUGACAUUUCCACCAAAACCACCCCGGUGGAAGCAGCCCUAACCUGGCUAGUAGACAAACAACGUCGUGAAGCUGCUGACUUUCCAGGUGCAAAACAAAUCCUGCAUCAAAUCAAAGAAAAAUCAGAGAUUAAACGCGUCGGACUAGUAUCCAAAGAAGGUCCUCCAGCGCGUCAUGACGCCAUUAUUGUUUCAUCAUAUGGCAAAGAUAUCGGUACGGUAACAUCCGGUUGCCCAGCGCCAUCUUUAGGCAAAAACAUAGCAAUGGGUUAUGUUCCGACGGAAAUAUCCAAGGCUGGAACUCAAGUACAGCUAAAAAUACGCGGAAAACUGUAUGCAGCGGAGGUGGCAAAGAUGCCAUUUGUACCAGCACAUUAUUACAGAAAGAAAUAAACUAAUUAAUAACUAA